UGCAGAUAUUUUUUAGAAGUUGUGCUGGCGGAGGGUUCGCGUGGCGGGGGCGGCAAACGACGAUGACAUUAUUUUAUUUAUGCUGUGAUAGUGAAAUACCAACCAAAACACCAAUAACUACAACACCAAAAUCAAGAACAGCUACGCAAAGCCCUACGCAAAAAUCAAACGCAAUAUUUUCGCCGAGAGACCAAAGAACCAAUUGAAAUUUAAUACGUUUAACGCCAUAAAGAAAUGAAACCAACCAAAAAGCUUUAACCAGAAAACAAAAAGAAAAAAAAAAACACCAAGCAAAUCGUUGCAACCCGUAUGAAUUAAUAUUAACUUAAUGCAUAGUGAAAACAGCACCAAUUAGCGCAUAACCUACAAAAUAUUAGUCAAUAUGUUUAGCUAGUUCCAAUAUUAAUAGAUAACAUUUAAUUAGUGGCUUCAACAAAACACCAAAUAAAGUAGAACAAAAAAAAAAGAAACCAAAACCAAUACCUAGUUCAAUUGAAACUCGAAACUAACGAAUAACGAUUAGGGAAACUGGGUAACUGAUAAGGCUAGAGAAAACAUAAAGCUUAUUGCGAAUAUCGAAUAGAAAAUAAUAAUAGCAACAUUCCCCCAACCCGCGUCGGAAAAGCCUUCGAAAAGCGAGUUCAUUCAGAAAACGUGCCACACAACCGGACGGCAGCGACGUCAGCAGCGCAGCCGCCAAGAGCAGCGACGGGCAACGGUAAAUGUCAAAGUCAUAAAGAGAAAAUAACGGGAAAGAGAGAGUCCUGGAGAGAAAGCCCAAAACAAAGCUCAAAACAAACUGACAAAUGUCAAAAACCUAAGGAGUGGACGGCUCAGGAUAAAAGUUUCAACCAAAAGCGGAAUAAAGGACACAUAUCCUUGAAGAGUUUCUAAAAGAUUCGGAGAAAGGACUCUGUCCGUUCAGCUCAUUAACACUAACAAGUAUUUAAAUGUGAAAGUCUCAAAGGAUAGUCUGCAACCUAAGAAGCUCAGGAUAAAAGCUCCCUCAGAGCUUUUAGCCAGGACACAAGCCACAGGAUACAAUGGCCACCACAGCAGUGGGAGUGGGCGGCGGUGGAUCCUCGCAUCCUGAUGACGCCAGCAGCAUGAGCGACGACGUCUUCGAGGAUGCGGAAACCACACAGGCCAGGAUCGAGGAGCUGCGCCGUCGGCCCUUCGGCGAUGGCUGCUACAAUCCCCCCGCAGCACCCGCCUCCGUCUCGUCGGGAGCAACCACGAGGCAGCACCACGACUACCACCAUCCGCACCACCACCACAGCCAGCAGAGCCUGACGGGAAGCCAUCACUACCACGAUGACUCCAUAAUGGCGCCCGUUCAGAGAUCCGCCACCGGAUAUCCCGGCUAUCGGCCCAACCGGGAGGCCAUGCAGAUGUACGCCUAUGGAAACGAGGACUACGAGGACGACUACGACGACGGAUGGCGAUCGUACCGAUACGACGAGGUGGACAUGCACCAGGCCCCCGCCCACCAGCAGCCCUUCGAUGACACGGUCAACCACAAGACCAUCCUGCUGGGUGACUCCGGGGUGGGCAAGACCUCCUUCCUGGUCAAAUACAACACGGGCGAGUUCCGUCUGGGCUCCUUUUCCGCCACAGUGGGCAUAGCUUUAACGAACAAAGUUGUUGUUGUCGAUGGCACGCGCGUCAAGCUACAGAUCUGGGAUACGGCCGGACAGGAGAGGUUCCGGAGCGUCACCCAUGCCUACUACCGCGAUGCACACGCCCUGCUGCUGCUCUACGAUGUGACCAACAAAACCACCUACGACAACAUACGGGCCUGGCUGGGCGAGAUCCGGGAAUAUGCGCAGGAGGACGUGGUCAUCGUUUUAAUAGGUAACAAGGCCGACUGCAGCGGCAGCGAGCGGCAGGUGAAGCGGGAGGACGGGGAGCGUCUGGGCAGGGAGCACAACGUGCCCUUCAUGGAGACCUCGGCCAAGACGGGACUCAAUGUGGAGCUGGCCUUCACGGCGGUGGCCAGGCAACUGAAGAGUCGCGGCUACGAGCACGGCGAUGAUGGAAAAUUCAAUGUGCAUGAUUUUGUGCGUGACAAUACAAAGGCGCGCUCCGUGUGCGCCCAGUGCAGGAACAUGUAAUUGGCCACGUAGCAGCAGAAACCAACAAAAGUCAUAUCCUCCCGAUCCUGAGCACAAUGGGCAACAAUAAACCGACGGACAGAUCAAAGGACUGGGUGGCAAGGACUAAGGACUGGGGUGGUGAGAGAGCAGAGUCCAACUUCUGCAUUUAAUGAAACAACAAAAAUCUUAAACUGAAAACAUAACGCAAGUCGCACACGAGGAAAGUUGGCACCAAUUUUUUAAGACCCUAGUAAGAGAGAGUUUUGGUAUGGUUAGCGUUUUGUAUGUAAAUGGGAAUUUCGGGGCGGAACGGGAUGCGAUACGGAUAAUUUUUUAGAGCGUCUGCCGUUGGCAUUGAGCAUAAAUAUUGAACAAUAUAUAUAUAUAUACAAGUAUCUAUAUACAACUGCAUAAAUUUACUUUAACAAGCGACGAGCGGAAGGAGCGCAGCAAAAUCAUGAAACAUUGAGAUUUAUCCAGCACGCCGUUGGACUUUGCCAAGGAAUCGUCUUACUGGGAUACAUAUGUAUCCAGGAGAACAUAUAUAUCCUACCUAACCCAGUGGUAAUCUCAAAGAGCACCCGCACUUGUGCGAGGCUUGGAACCAAAUCCAAUUAAUGACAAACAAUCACUCAAUUUACCAACUAUUAUAAAAUAUUUUGUUUUACCAUUAAUUGCUAAGUGUUAUGGCCUAUCGUUAAGUUUUAGACCCACAAGACCCCAAACAACUGUUCGAGACCCUUCGAUAUUAUUUAUACACACUUAUGAAUACCCAACGCAACUAAGUUAAUUACUAUUUAUUAAUAUUUAUCUAUGUAAGUCCCUGCCCAACCCAAUCGAGACUUUUUGAAAAGCGCGCCAAGGCAAAGGGUGGCGAAUAAUCAAAGCAGUUAAACUAUUACUAUACUGUGCUACUAGGCAAAAGGAGGAAUCCAACGCGUACAUAUAUCACAAAAUGGAUGUAAACUAGCAAAUAAACAGCGUUAUAUUCAAGCAGACAUCAAGUCUAUACCAUAAACAGCAAAUACAUAUUUACA